AUGGACCACCCCAUCUCCAAGACCAUGUCCAAGGCCGAGCCUGGCGAUGCAAUCGAGCAUGGUGACACUAUCGCUGUAGAGACACAGAGCCUCAGUGGACAGGCUGCAGAAGUGCAACUUCACCGGACACUUCGUACAAGGCAUCUGUCCAUGAUUGGCCUGGGGGCGUCUAUAGGACUAGGUCUUUGGCUUGGGAGCGGCCAGAGUCUCCGUACCGGUGGCCCAGCUGCUCUAUUGAUUGGCUACUGUCUCGCUGGUUCUGUUGUUUGGUCCGUCUCGCAGUCUAUUGGCGAAAUGGCAAUACUGUACCCUCUCCCAUCGGCAUUCGUUCAAUGGACGAGCAAGUUUGUUGAUCCUGCUGCCGCAUUCGCCCUUGGCUGGUCUUACUGGUUUCAUGCUUGGAUCACUAUUGCCAAUGAACUGCAGGGUGUCCUGACGGUAUUGUCAUUUUGGCAGGACUCGGCACCCCGAGUUGCCAUAUUGAUAAGCUUCUGGGCACUGAUUUUCUUUAUAAACAUUUGGGCAGUUAAUGUCUUUGCCGAAGUCGAGUUUGUUGCGGCAGUCAUCAAAUUUGGCUGGAUAUUCGUGGUUCUAGUCUCAUUCAUCGUCAUCUCAGCUGGAGGAGCUCCGAACCAUGUUGCUGUCGGGUUCCGUUAUUGGAACGAGGCUGCCUUUACGAAUGGCUUCAAGGGACUCCUCAUGAUUUUACCCACUUGCAUUUUCGCCAUGGCGAGCUCCGAGAAUAUCGGCAUGGUGGUGGCCGAAACACGAAAUCCCCUCAAGUCGACACCGCCCGCAGUUCGGGCUGUCUGGAUUCGGUUGAGCAUCUUUUACAUUUUUGGGGCUCUCGCCGUCACAAUCACGGUUGAUCCCAAGGAUUCCAGACUGUUCGGAGGCUCCGGCAGUACUGGCGCCUCUCCCUUUGUUAUUGCAUACCAAAAUGGCCAGUUGAUGCCGCUUGCACAUAUGAUGAACGCUAUCAUCUUCAUAUCUGUCAUCUCUGCAGGUAGUAUCGCUGCGUAUGCCGGAUCGCGAACACUGUUUAUGCAAAAGGCAGACAGUCGUGGCCGACCUUGGUUCGCCCUCGUAUCAACGGUCUUUAUGGGAGGUGCCUUGUCAUUUCUCAACCUCAAUGCCACCGGCGCAGAGGUAUUUACAUGGCUCUCCAGCCUGGCAUCUCUAACCACCCUAUUUAGUUGGUCAAUGAUUUGCCUGUCUCAUAUCAGGAUGCGAUACGCGUGGAAGGUACAAGGUCGAAGCCCGGCUGAAUUGCCAUGGACCAACGGUAGCUGGCCUCUGAGCGCCUAUUGGGGUCUAGGAUGCUGCAUCAUCCUCUUGGUGGCAGAGUUCUACAUUGCUGUCUGGCCGUUGGGUAAAACGCCUUCUGCAGUGGGCUUCUUCUCUCGCUUUGUUUCAGCCAUCGCGAUAUUGGUCAUCUAUGUGGCUGCCAGGUGCUAUUAUCGAGGUCGUAGAUGGGUCAAUGUUCGAGAGGUGGACCUUGAUAACGAUCGAAGGUUCUAUCAUGUGGAAGACCAGGCAGAGAAAAGCACGCCAUGGAUUGAUCGGCUCAGGAAAAGGACAAGCUAG